UGAUACAAACAAAACAACAUCCUCUCAACUCAAUGUAUCCUCCCUGCGCUCUCUCCUCCUACAGUUCUACCCAUUGACAGUCUUAUUGUUUUUUCUACCCCUUCCCCGUUGCUUCCGUGCGUGGCGUCGCCUCCGCAGCAGUCUCUGCUCUUCAACCGUAGUACCAGUGCCAGAUUCAGGUUCUGGUAAUCCUAAGCGGAUUUGGGCAUAGUUAGUUUAUUCCUUCACAGAAAUUGAUAAUCGGGUUUGUGUAGUUGAUUUCUAGUGACUAGUGGGUACCUGCCCGCUGCCUUUCCUAUGCUGCGUUGAAACCCAAAAGAAAAAAUAAAAGAAAAUGCUAUCCACACUGCAACCUCCUUGGUCUCUCUCUCGCUUUCCUUUACACCACCUCUCUUCCAUUAAGCCUCGCUCUCUCACCUUUACUUCUGUUUCUUCUUCUUCGUCGUCGUUGUCGUCUUCCAUAAACUCAUUGCCAGUCACUACUUCUGCCCUCACAGACCCAUCCCCUUACUCUUCACAAAUUCUCACCCUUCGUCACUCUCUGCUAUGUCGCAGCCUCACUGCAACCCAACUCGCUGAGUCCUACUUAGCUCGCCUCAGAGUCACCGAGCCACAACUCAACUCGUUCCUCCACAUCUCCGAUAACGUAUUGAAACAGGCCCAAGAGAUAGACGAUAAGAUUGACAAGGGUGAGGAUGUGGGUCCACUUGCUGGUGUGCUUGUUGGGGUUAAGGAUAAUAUAUGUACGGCCGAUAUGCCGUCUACUGGUGGGUCCCGCAUUUUGGAGAAUUAUCAGGCACCGUAUGAUGCGACAACAGUUAGGAGAAUGAAGGAGAAGGGUGCCAUUGUGGUGGGAAAAACUAAUUUGGAUGAGUUUGGUAUGGGAAGCACAACUGAAGGUUCUGGUUUUAAGGUGACUUCAAACCCUUGGGAUGUGUCUCGGGUGCCUGGUGGAUCUUCAGGUGGAUCAGCUGCAGCUGUUUCUGCUAGGCAAUGCAUGGUAUCAUUGGGAAGUGAUACUGGUGGAAGUGUAAGACAGCCAGCAUCAUUUUGUGGUGUUGUUGGUUUGAAGCCAACUUAUGGGCGUGUCUCAAGAUUUGGACUCAUGGCAUAUGCUUCAUCGCUUGAUGUUAUUGGAUGCCUUGGUACAUCAGUUGCUGAUACUGGCAUCCUUCUUCAUGCAAUUUCUGGUCAUGAUAGAUAUGAUGCCACUAGCAGUAGGAGAGAGGUUCCUGAUUAUACAUCUCAAUUCACUUCCAUAAAUCUUGUGGAAUCUAGACCAUUGAAGGGGUUGAGGAUUGGUCUCAUCCGUGAAACUCUUGAUGAUGGUGUAGAUAAUGGAGUAAAAUCUGCAAUUAAUGGUGCCGCCUCGCAUCUAGAAGAAUUAGGAUGCAUUGUGACAGAGGUUUCACUACCAUCUUUUUCCCUUGGUUUACCAGCAUACUAUAUUCUUGCUGCAUCAGAAUCAUCUUCCAACUUAGCACGUUAUGAUGGUGUCAGGUAUGGAAAUCAAGCUGUUGCUGAUGAAUUAAAUUUGCUUUAUGGAGAUUCUCGAGCAAAAGGAUUUGGUCCUGAGGUCAAAAUGAGAAUUUUGAUGGGAACAUAUGCCUUAUCAGCUGGUUAUUAUGAUGCAUACUACAAGCGUGCCCAGCAGGUGAGGACUUUAAUUCGGAAAAGCUUCAAGGCAGCGUUGGAUGCAAAUGACAUCCUAAUUUGUCCUGCUGCUCCAUCUGCUGCUUAUAAAAUUGGAGAAAAGAAAAAUGAUCCGUUGGCAAUGUAUGCCGGUGACAUUAUGACCGUUAAUGUUAAUUUGGCAGGGUUACCUGCAUUAGUUUUGCCAUGUGGAUUUGUCGAAGGGGGUCCUGCAGGACUUCCUGUUGGCCUUCAAAUUAUCGGUGCCGCAUUUGAUGAGGAGAAAUUACUCAAAGUUGGUCAUAUCUUUGAGCAGACUCUGCAAGGUUACAGAUUUGUUCCUCCAUUGAUAGCAGGAGAUGUUGUAUGAUAGCAUAUGCUAUUUAUCUCUGCUCCUUUUCAGCAUUUUUAAGCCUUUGUGCAAUAUUAUUGUUCUCCUGAGGUAAAAUUCCAAUCCAAUUCGAAAUCCCAAACCAAAUGUUAAUUUGGAAUGGAAUUUUGAAAUGCGGAGUUUAAAAUGGAAUUUAACUUUUAAAAUAUUAGUAUAUGGAGUAUAGAAUGGAAACAAAAAAAUAAAAUUCCAUAUUUCAAGCCA